GCCAAAGCCCGGGGAGCGCGGAUCGGUCGCCGGUGCCGGUUGUGAUUUGUGUGACACGGCGCGGCGCUGCAGCCAAUGAGCGCGCCGCGUGUGCCAAGCGCAGCCAGAGAGAGGGGGUCCGUGCAGACGCACAGCGCGCACUGGAGGGGAGGAACACACUCUGGUCCUCUCUGCUGCCGGGAGUCUCUUCACAACACGAGGGGAAAACAAACUCUUUGGAUUGACAGAAGGAAGGGAAACGCGUGACUGGAAGGAUAUUAAACAUUUAAUUUUUUUUUUAUAUCUGGAGUUCUUUUAGUUGACUACGCGUUUGCUUUGUUGAUUUAAUGUCAUGCGUCUUUUCUGUCUCUCUUGGACUCAAUGAUUUUGAACGCUGGCGUUUAUGGAGCCUUCAGCUGGGAUGUAGCGGAGGGCAAACCCACCUAAACCCGCCAUUUCGUUCGGUUUUUAAACGCUGCUGCAGGUUUAUGGGAAGUGAAACGCUUCGCUGAAAGUCUGCUGACUUUUAUUCUUCUCUUUUUCUUUUGAUGGUGGGUUGCUUUAUGAUGACCCCCUCCUGGAGGUCAUAGCUGACCCUUCUUUCUUUUUUUUUUUUUUUCCAAACCGCACCACAGCCCCUCUCCCCAAUGAUGACUAUGAGCUCUAUAUCGGACACUUUGGUCCCGACUGAUCCGUCCAAAUCGGCGUUUUUGGAGUUCGCCGGCCACAGUUACCCGGGACACCCCGGACACCAGCAGCCUUCCUCGGGCUUGUCCCACAACCAUUACCCGGUCCACGGCUUGCACGCCGUGGGGGCCUCGCAGCACGAUGUGCCCUUCUCCUCCGGUGCGUCCUCGUACGGACGCCCGUUGGCAUACCCGCCCUACCACAGCUCUGUGAGCGCGCACCACCCGGGGGCUUACCUGCCCUACCAGCACGGGGGUCACGGCGGCGCCCUUGGACACACCAGGCUGGAGGAUGCGGAGCAUGAGAAGCCCACGGCGGUGAUAGAGAACGGGGAGGUGCGGCUCAACGGGAAGGGGAAGAAGAUCCGGAAGCCUCGGACCAUCUACUCCAGCCUGCAGCUUCAGGCGCUCAACCAGCGCUUCCAGCAAACCCAGUACCUCGCCCUGCCCGAGAGGGCCGACCUGGCGGCCAAGCUGGGCCUCACACAGACCCAGGUUAAAAUAUGGUUCCAAAACAAGCGGUCCAAAUACAAGAAAAUCAUGAAGAAUGGGCCCUGUGGACCUGAGGGAGACCACCUCGCCCCUCCAGCGCCGUCCUCGUCUUCUCCGUGCUCCCUGUGGGACAUCGGCAUGGCUGCCAAAGGUGCACCAGUGCACUCAGGAGGAUACAUGAACAAUUUUGGACACUGGUACCCCGGACAUCAGCAGGACUCCAUGCCCAGAACUCAGAUGAUGUGACACACAGGAGGACGCGACACUUCCCAGGACAAAUUGUGGAUUUAUACCGGCAAAUGGGACUGGAGUAGUAUGGGGUCGUGGACGUUAUUUAAGAGUCUGAGCCACUCUGGAGGCAAAAAUAGAAUAAGUGGCAGAUACAAAUUGAAGAUGUAGCAGCUACCAGCAACAAGCUGAAUAAUAUAAAGUGGAAACGGCUACUAAGACUAAAACAAAGUGAAUUUAAGGAAUCGGGAAAUAAGACAUCACGACUGAAAUCAUAAAGAAAGAGCUACAGGUUGGCGCCAACUGUCAUAACACUCAGUAGUAGCAGUGAACUAAAGAAAAGGGAGUUUAGCCAGACUUUACAAAGUUAACACGUCAUCCUUGUCCUUUGUUUCACUGCUUAACCCGUGUGCUUUGCAAUAUCUCAAUUUCCACACAAAUAAAAUAUGUUUUUUUUAUAUAUAUAUGUAAACUUUCUGAGGUCUAUUAUUUCGCUGCUCUGUUACCAAAUCUGAUAUAUUUGUGAUAUUUUUAAACACUAACCCUGGCCACAAGUCACAAUUAAAGGAUAAUGGUAAAAAAAAAUAAAAAAUAAAUAGAUUUACAGUAUAUGAGUUUUAAUUGAAAGAGGAGUAAUUGUGCUUAAAAUAUCUUUUUUUUUUUAUGAAGAUAAUAAACGAAAAUAAAACAGCCUCCCAUGUUAUUAUUUCUGCCUCCAGAGCAGCUCUGCCUGCCAAGACAAUUUUAAAUAAAGGUACAACCAAUUUAAAGUCAAGUCGAAGGUAAUUCCAGCCCUGCAUCUCCUAUUCUGGACAUUUCGCAAGGCGUUUUCAGCGAUUCACUUAAAAUAAGGCAGAUACUCAUGUUCUUAAAAAAAAAAAUAAAAUAAAAUAAAAAAAAAGUUUCUUCAGGGCUUCCUCAUAAUUGUAUUUUAACUGUAACGAUUCAGUGAAUCCUCUGGUUUUCUAAUGUUCAAAGACGGAUCAGAUUAAAGAACUGAAGAAGAGAAAGUUUU